ACGCGCGUCAUCCCUUCACUUGGUUCCAAUGAGAAUACGGAAAACCGCAGCUCGAUGCGUUGUGCAACUCAGCACACUCUUCUGGUGCUGCUGGAGAUCAAGAAGCGGGAAGAGAGAAGGAAAAAUCAAAACUCCCGACCUCAGCUCUGUGAGGUGAGCCAUCACCGCGUGCCGCGGACACCCCACAUGGCUAGAGAGCGCAACCGAUUCGAUGGAGAGAGAGGUAGUGUGAAAUGAAAGCUGGUGUUGAGCUAGAGGUCCUGCUCUAGAAGAGAGUUGGAUUCCAUCACAGAGGUCUAUAGGGCGCACAGUAGUGCAAGAAGACCGACUGGAGGUUCCUAUUUCCACUCGAUACGUCGAAGCGGGAUGACUAGUUUUUCCUCCGCCCGAUUGAGCACAUUUUGCUCAUUGCGGGAUCGGUCGGUGGGUGAGCUAGGGUUUUUCAUCGCUCACCGGUCUACUGGCGGUAUUCCGCGUUGAUGGUUCGCAGUGUGUGCGAAGAAGAGGUGCAGACACUAUCACGGUCGUAAACGCGCUCGCGAUGUUCAUGGAUUAAGCGAACAAAAUUUCGAAAAUCGUACGUAAAUUUCACCUGACGCGGUCGGUAAUAAAACUGAUCGAUUGCUAAUUGGAUUUAUUCUCGAUUGGUUUGUGCGUGCUCGUGAUGCGGUAGAUCGUGAUCGUGGUCAUUUCGAUUUUAAUUGCGGUUAUUUGUGGCAACAUUGCAAUUGGUUCCAGUAAGAGUUACAGAUCCAGCCGAGUCGAAGGUUCAUGUGGAUGCCUGAACGCCGCGCUGCACACGCGUUUCGCGUUGAUUUCCUCCAGAGUCGCGGAAGAGAGCGAGAGUUUCGCGUAUGAGUGAGAGGCCAAAGGCCAAGACGGCGGAGCGAAGAGAUCAAGCACCAAUAGAGCGGGACGGCGACAGUGGGCAAUACAGAGAGCUUCGGGGCUUUAAUGUAUAUAAAAUAUAAAAUAAACACACAAGGAAUAUCAUUUUUCCUCUUGUAUUGCUUGUUAUAUGCGAAACUUUUGUAUUGUGUCAUAAACGAACUACUUGUCAUAACGUAAACAACUUCGGACUUCUACGAUCGAAUUUUUAUUAUUAUAAUAUUAAUAACAGUAAAAAUAAAAAACAACCAAGAGGAGAAAAUUCAAAAUAACAUCUAUAAAAAUAAAGCAGUAAUAAAAAUCAACAUUAGUUCAAAGAUAAAAGAUGAAUAAAACAAUUUGAUAGAGAAUCAAAGGAGGCUUUGCGGAAAACACAACAAACAAUAAAAAUCUACGGUUGCUUUGUUUUCAUUUUUGUGCGGCGGGGACACUUUGUACUUCGUGCAGUGGAUCCGUGCCACGAGGCGUACUGCAGUGGGAAGAAAGAAAAUUGCCGACAGUUUGAACUUUGCUGAAUCCUCGACGUACGUGACAAGUGCUGCUCCCGUCGAAGAUAAGUGUUCAUCAAUCUGAUGACCUGUUAUGCCGCGUGCAAGUGAGCUAAGGACGUCGCUGUUUUUAGUGCUACUGGGCAAUUAAAGUCCACCUAAAGUGACGAGUGAGAAUCAACAACUGUGGUAAACGGCGGUUAAACUGAAUGCAUAAGUCUACUUGUUUGUGAUUUGAAAUUGUGAUAAGGAAGUCAAGUGAUAAGAAAACGGAAUAAUUGAAAAGCAUUUGCCAUUGGUGAUAAUCGAAUGAAUUGAUCAAAAUGGGUCUAUUAGGGUGGUAAAGUGGCAAUCCGUUUGAGCAGCUUGAUUGCUCAAAGUAUUGAACAGAGUGCACUACUUAUCGACACAGUGGCAUUAGGCAUUGAAUGUCACAGACCCCAAACUCUGAAGGUAGUCCAUUAACCACAGGUAGUGAAGGUAGUCCGAAUUCUCCACCGACCAGCAAAAUGUAUCCGUUCGUUUCCAACCACCCGUCGUCGCACACCAGCUACUCAACGAUGCCAGGCUUCUCGGGCCUGGACGACAAAUCGUGCAGCAGUAGAUACACCGACAGCGUAAUGAAUAGCUAUCCACCGAUGGGAGUUCCCGGUAGUGCCAGUAUUGCACAGUUCUACCAGCAAGCAGCUGCCGUAUCGGCAGCGUCCGCCGGCGUCGGUGUAGAUUCCCUCGGAUCGGCAUGUUCACAGCUCUCGUCGUCCGUCGGCGGAGGCCAAUCUGGCCUUCCAGACAUUACCCGCCAUCCCUGGCUCGUGACCGCAUCUCAAUCCGCGCUACAGAAAUUCGCCAGCACAGAUUGGAUGAGUAAUCCCUUCGACCGAGUAGUGUGUGGAGAUUUCGCAGGCCCGAACGGAUGUCCCCGUCGACGGGGCCGACAGACGUACACCCGCUUCCAGACGCUCGAACUGGAGAAAGAGUUCCACUUCAACCACUACCUGACCCGCCGACGAAGGAUCGAAAUUGCGCACGCCCUGUGUCUGACCGAGCGGCAGAUCAAAAUCUGGUUCCAGAAUCGCCGGAUGAAGCUGAAGAAGGAGCUGCGGGCGGUGAAGGAAAUCAACGAACAGGCGCGGCGCGAACGCGAAGAGCAGGACAAAAUGAAGAACGACUCGUUGAAAUCCGCCCAGCAACACCACAACAGCCAGAAGCAGCAAGAACAGACGAUCGUCGGAUCGCAACAGUCCAGCGGAGGCGGUGGUGGCGGCGGCGGCGGUGGCGGGGGUGGAAGUUCUAGUCUUGGCAGCCACCUGCACCAUCCGUCGAUAGUGGCCCAAAACGACUUGAAGCUCGGACUGGGCAGCAUGGGCGUCGGCGUCGGCGUCGGAGGGAAUCUCAGCAUGAUGGGAGGUCUGGAUAAUAAAACCAAUCAGGAUAUACUGAAAGCCGUGAUGCAACAUAACAAAAGGUGGGAAUAAGUUGAGAUUAAUAGUAAAACUACGCUUUUAGACUGAACUGGAUUGAGAUAGCAGGUCAAUCCCCCACCACAACUCAAUCUCUCCGCAAACCUGAGUACUAGAGACAUCGUUGGUUCAAUUUAACAACCAAGAACGUAAAUAAGCCACAGCAACUCACUCAAACAGUACACAAAACACCGACAUACGUAAUUUUCACAAACAACACACUGACGAAUGGAGUUAAAAGAACCGCAGAAAAGAUGCAGAUGAUCGCACCAAUCGCCAGCAUAGAGGAUUCAUCACCCGAAAAGGAGCAACACCGAUGGAGGAAACAAUGAUCCGUGAUGGUUCGUGACUGCGUGGGUGGAAUCAUUUUGCCAGAAUAGGUUGUGGCUUAUUUUUUGAUUGAUCUUAGUGGGACAGUCUAAUUUCUGUAACUGUUAAUGGUUGAAUCAAAACAUAAUUCACAACCUCCUAGUUGUUAACUAUGAAAACGUGGAAAAUCUGAAAAACAAGUAAAAGUAAAAACAAAUAUACGUACUAGUGCUAAGGAAAUAUUUUUUCUAUAGAACUUAAACAUGAUUUGUAAUCAUAUUUGUCGAUUAUACAUUUAGAAGAAGAGAUGAAAAAUGAGAUAAGUGUGACAAGUUCGAAUAUCACCAACUCAAACUCCUCGGUUGGAAUCGGACCUGUCCGGUCUCCGACGAUCGAGUCCAGUGUGGCAGAGCAAAUCAUGAAACAAAAACUGUGUUAGGUAAACAUUAGUUAUAUAUUUAAAAUGUGGUCGUACUCAUUAACUAUAGCGUUUCGUUUUGGUAAGGUUUUAAAAGCUCUGCGGUCAAAUCGUGUGCAGCUGCACACUUCAGUACCGUGUCAAAAUACGUAAUUACAAUUAUUGAAUAUAACCAAGGUUUAACUGAAACUAAACAAAACAAACAGAAAUAAUCGCAAAUCUGUCCAGUGGUUAGAGUUAGUUAUUUUAGAAAUAGCGAAAAAUUAUAAAUUCAGAAAGCUGAAUUGCAGAACUGUGUCUAAUUGACCACCCGAGAUGCCAGGUGGAAUCCCUCUGAUCCCAGAAUAAGUUUUAGUUUCUUUUGUUGACUUUCACUUGUGUAAAUUUGUUACUAUUUUGUAUUAACAAGACUUAGGCCGUAGAUUUAGUUAGCAAGAUGAUACAUAUUGAAUAAAUUUCUAAUUUGUAAUACAAAUCUUUUGUUUUUAUUUUUUGAUUGAUUGGUUACUUGUAGUAACGAUCUGAGGAGCUGACCCUAAAUAUGAUCUUUUGUCUUCCAGUCGAUGGUAUGUUCCGUUCGAUUUAUCUUCAUUUAGUGGAGCCAAUAACCGAGCCUCUGUCGCGUCGGUGCAACCCUCGUACUAUACGAACCAGUUUAUUUCACAUAUCAAUUGACCUAUUUUACGUUCGCCCUUGUUGUGUUGUUUCGCGUUCGCAAGUUCCUCAGAUCAAGUUCGUUCAUAUUUACACUCUUUUAACUUUUUAUUUGUUAAUAUACUUCCCACUGUUUCGACGAGAAACACUGAGUUCGAAGAAUCACAAGCUAUACCAUUACCUCCAAGCAGCAGCGAAGCAUAAGCGAAACGGUUUUCUGUACAACUAAAAGCAAAACUCAGUUUCACCAAACACUUUCCCAAGGAAUCAAUGUAAAUAUCGCUUUAAAUCCCAACAUUGUCACUAAACAAAAGAAGAAAAUGAAAUACGUAAUCAUAGUCAGGGUAGAAUAGAGAACAAACCGAACAAGCUAUUUAUAUGAAGCAAAAAAAAAGAAGAGUUCAUUCCAUCGUCUAAUCAAUGUUUGUUUGACGCUACUCACAAUUAACACAGUAAAAGUCUUGCCAUAGAAAUCAAGCGAAUUCAAUGUUUUGAUCUCAACUUGACGCAAACAAACCAGAACAAAACACUUUUCUCGAUAAACUUGUCGAGGGAAAUUUCGAUUAACGUAAAACUCAACACUUAAAUACGUAAACAUUGGUGAAUAUAAAAAUGCAUUUUAAAUACCGCUAGUAAUUGAUACAGAAAUUGUAAAUUAUAACAUUUAAUACUGAUAUUAAAGUAAUAUAAAUCUAAAACAAAACUAGUGAUUAUGCCGUACAUGUUAAUGUGAAUAAUGAAGAAAACCCAGAAUGCUAAUUCCGCCACUGGUAAGCUUUGGAGGAUCGGCCAUAGUGAAAACGAAUUGAGCAAUUAACAUCUCUCUUUCACUUGCUACUGUACUUUUUUUGGACAACUCUCCACUGAAGGUGGUGCAAACAAUCGGAUUGCAGUUUAUUUUUCAAAAUCUAACGAAACAAACAGAUGACCACAAGUCAGUGGUGACGAAAGUGUGUGCAAGACAUUCGAGACAGACGAGGAAAAAAAUCAAAGGCAAUAUAUUAAAAUAUGCAAAACAAAGAAAAUUUUGGCAACUUCUAACUGACUAAAGCAUGGAGUUGCAGUGAUGAAGAGACGUAAGAGAUCCACACAAAAAAAAGCUCGAUAUUUAUUUAUUAAACCUGCAAGCUGAACACAAUAGAUGGUCACAGAAAAAAAAAACAAACUCAAAUGCAAAUACCCCCACGUACGUACACCGUACUGUGGCAGCGAAUUGUCCGUAAUGAGGAUAGGAAUGUGCAGAAUGACAUAUUGAUAUGAAUUAUGGAAAUAAAACAAGUGAAUGAAACGUAA